GUUGCCCCUGCCUCUGGUCCCCGGGGACUGUGAGCCAGCGAGCUGCUGGGAUCCCUUCCCCAUGCAGGGCCGGAGGGGCGAUGGGAUCGCCAUCGGGGUCGGAAAGGCACACCCGUAUCCUUCGGAUGGGUGAUCCAGACACUUCCGCCUCUCACUCUAACUGACCGCAGUGAGAGGGUAGCAGACGCCCUCCUUGCGGAGCGGUUGCAUUUUCCCCCGUACGCUGUGGGGGAAACUGAGGGUCCACAAAGCAAGCCAGGCCGGUGGGAGCACCCACUCCAGCACUGAUAAGAGAACACACCUCUACAGGCAAAACCCGUGGAUCUCACCUGCUCUAGCGUCCCAGUAUAUCACUACACCUCCGUUUAUUGAGGAAGAGGCCGUAGGACAAGAUGAAGCUCAUCAUCCUGGACCAUUAUUCUCAGGCCAGCGAGUGGGCAGCCAAGUACAUCAGGAAUCGCAUCAUCCAGUUUAACCCAGGGCCAGACCAGUACUUCACCCUGGGACUUCCCACUGGGAGCACCCCAAUUGGCUGCUACAAGAAGCUGAUUGAGUAUUAUAAGAAUGGAGACCUGUCCUUCAAAUAUGUGAAGACUUUCAACAUGGAUGAGUAUGUGGGCCUUCCUCGAGACCACCCGGAGAGUUACCAUUCCUUCAUGUGGAACAACUUCUUCAAGCACAUUGACAUCUGCCCAGAAAACACCCACAUCCUGGAUGGGAAUGCACCUGACCUGCAGGCCGAGUGUGACGCCUUUGAAGAGAAGAUCAAAGCCGCGGGAGGGAUUGAGCUGUUCGUUGGAGGCAUCGGCCCCGAUGGACACAUCGCCUUCAAUGAGCCGGGCUCCAGUCUGGUGUCCAGGACCCGUGUGAAGACUCUGGCCAUGGACACCAUCCUGGCCAAUGCUAGGUUCUUCGAUGGUGACCUCACCAAGGUGCCCACCAUGGCCCUGACGGUGGGUGUGGGCACUCUCAUGGAUGCUAGAGAGGUGAUGAUCCUCAUCACAGGUGCUCACAAGGCAUUUGCUCUGUACAAGGCCAUCGAGGAGGGGGUGAGCCACAUGUGGACCGUAUCUGCCUUCCAGCAGCAUCCCCGCACGGUGUUUGUGUGUGACGAGGAUGCCACCCUGGAGCUGAAAGUGAAAACUGUCAAGUAUUUCAAAGGCCUAAUGCUUGUUCAUAACAAGUUGGUGGACCCCUUGUACAGCAUCAAAGAGAAAGAAACAGAGAACAACCAGUCUCCUGAGAAACCGUAUGGUGAUUAG